GCGGUGUGUGAGGGGGCGUGGCGUUCGUAGCCCCGCCCUCACUGCGCUUCACUUGUCACCGAGGAGAGGGGGAGCGUUACCUCAGCCCGGCCUCUGUAGAACGACAGCCCCCGGACCGGCCUCUAUAUAACGAGCACCCCCGGAGCGACAGCACGGACCGAGCGCAGCCAGCCCAGCUCCCUGCUCGGAGGACAGCCCGAAACCAGGCAUUUCCAGGCACGGGACCCCCCAGAUUAAUCAGCCACUCGAUGGGGAUUAACAGUGGAUCAGCUGUUUGUGUCGCCUUUACAACCCGCCAUAGCAAGACGAUUAAUUUUACCACCUCUUCUAUAGAAAUUAUGAAACUGGUAUUAACUGAAUGGCAAUUAUGGAUUUUUAACUCUAAUGCACAGUAAACCAUCAAGCCAUAUGAUUAAAUUAGUACUAAAUACCGUUUUCUUGUAUAUCACGUAUCGGGAAAGUGGGCUACACCUCGACCUAACCACUAAGGAAUCAAAGUAUUAAUUUGCAUGAGGAACGUGACCAAGAAAGCCGAACAAAAAGAUCUUUAUUUAUCUUUCGUGAUAUAUAGUAUUAAUAUUUAUAUAGAAUCUCUAAGAAAAAAAAAUAUAUUUUUGUGUGAUGAAGAAGAUGGCCCCGCAGAAUGUCGACCCCGAAUCUAUGCAAGUUCAGGAGCUGUCUUUAGCACAGUUGAAAAAAAAAGAAGACCCCAAGGAGCAUGAGAGUCGCGAUGAGACCGUAAGCGAGGGGUCCAUUGAUAAGAUCCCUGUCCGCCUUUGGGUGAUGCAUGGUGCUGUAAUGUUCGGAAGAGAAUUUUGCUAUGCUAUGGAGACUGCUUUGGUGACACCGGUACUUCUACAGAUUGGUCUUCCGGAGCAAUACUACAGUCUGACGUGGUUCCUGAGCCCUAUCCUCGGUUUAAUUUUUACUCCACUUAUUGGAUCUGCUAGUGACCGCUGCACGCUGAGAUGGGGUCGUCGACGGCCUUUUAUCCUAGCCCUGUGUGUUGGCGUUCUCUUAGGAGUUGCACUUUUCCUGAAUGGCUCUGUUAUUGGUCUUUCUAUUGGCGAUGUUCCUGACAAGCAGCCCAUUGGCAUUGUUCUGACCGUACUUGGCGUUGUAGUAUUAGAUUUUUGUGCUGACGCAACAGAAGGGCCAAUCCGGGCAUACUUAUUGGAUGUGGCGGACACUGAAGAACAGGACAUGGCGCUUAAUAUACACGCAUUUUCAGCCGGUUUGGGAGGAGCAGUAGGUUAUAUGCUUGGUGGAUUGGACUGGACUCAGACUUUCUUUGGAAGUUUUUUCAAGUCUCAAGAGCAAGUGCUUUUCUUUUUUGCAGCCAUUAUUUUUACUGUAUCAGUUGGCCUUCACCUUUUUAGCAUUGAAGAAGAACAGUACAGUCCUCUACAAGAUCGCAUUGAAGAUGAGGGAGAUACCUUAUCGAGUGUGAAAUUAAACAGUACCCUUGCACCCAUGUCUCGAUUAAAUGUCAUCAGUGAAGAAGAUCCUUACUUAAACUAUUCAGACGAUGUUCAGUCAGAGAACAACCUCAACUUAGAAUUUCUGGAGGUGGACAUCAAGAGAAGUAAAAGCGAUUCUGUCUUACACAUGCCUGAUGCAACUUUAGAUUAUGAAUCAGAGCUACUUUUUUUGAGUGAGAUUGAGCCCUCUAUUUUUCAAGAUUGUUCGUACCCAAACACUCCACACAGCACCAGCCAGGAACUAAUGAGGUCUAAAUUUAACCGUCUUUCUGCGUUCCUCAGGGAAAAUGAAAGAGAAGAAGAAAUGUUGCUUGAUAAUCACAUCAACGAAGCCAAAGUCCCAAAUGGCAGUGAUUUGUUACCAAAAGAGAAUAUGAAUGGACACACCAGAAUUGGCAUGAAACAGUCUUGUACUGCAAACUCCAUGCGCCGAAAAAGGCAUAUGUUUUAUCGACAGCCAUCUUAUACCUUCUCAUACUAUGGAAAAGUAGGUUCCAAUCGUUACCGUUUCAGAAGAGCAAACGCUAUCUUGUUGAUAAAGUCAUCUCGUAGCAUGAAUGAUAUAUACGACAUGCAGAAAAGGCUACGUCAGAGGCAAAGACACAGAAACCAGAGUGGAGCUACCAACUCCAGUGGGGAUACAGAAAGUGAGGAGGGAGAGACUGAAACCACAGUUAGGCUCCUCUGGCUCUCUAUGUUAAAGAUGCCCAAAGAACUAAUGCGUUUGUGUGUUUGCCACUUGUUAACCUGGUUUUCCAUCAUUGCUGAAGCUGUAUUCUACACUGAUUUUAUGGGACAGGUCAUAUUUGAAGGCGACCCCAAGGCUCUCUUUAAUUCAACAGAAUUGUAUAACUACAAUGCUGGGGUUCAGAUGGGAUGCUGGGGGCUCGUGAUUUAUGCUGCUACUGCUGCAAUUUGCUCAGCCUUGUUACAGAAAUACUUGGAUAACUACGAUCUUAGCAUCAAGGUGAUUUACAUCUUGGGGACACUGGGAUUUUCCAUUGGUACGGCAGUGAUGUCCAUCUUCCCAAAUGUCUACGUCGCCAUGAUUUCAAUCAGCACUAUGGGAAUCGUCUCCAUGAGCAUCUCAUACUGCCCAUAUGCUCUGUUAGGACAGUACCAUGAAAUUAAGGAGUACAUUCAUCACAGUCCUGGCAACUCAAAACGUGGUUUUGGCAUAGACUGCGCAAUCCUGUCCUGUCAGGUUUACAUCUCUCAGAUCUUGGUGGCGUCUGCGCUCGGAGGUGUGGUUGAUCUUGUUGGCACAGUUAGAGUUAUACCUUUGGUGGCCUCAGUGGGCUCCUUCUUGGGAUUCCUCACUGCAGCUUUCUUGGUCAUCUACCCUGAGGUUCCAGAAGAAGCUAAAGAAGAUCCAAAGCAUCGGAAUGAUGAAGACAAGGAGAUCAGCCCCUCUGUGGAUCCAGAGAAGCCCACCGUGCUAAAGCUCUCUCCCAAGGGGGCGGCAGCUUCUGCUGAAGUGGAAGUAGAGUCAGCUGUUUGAGCCACUCCCGGAUCAGACUCAAACACAUUCCACAAAGCAAGGAGCAGAACCUCACAAAGAUCGGGGACAAUAACAACCCUCUGCUGUGUUCUAGAUGGAGCAAUAUAUAUAUAUAUAUAUUUGCUGCAGGUUUGGGGAUAAAGAGAGCUUAUCCUACUAUACUUUUUCAAAUUAAUUUAUUGAUGAAAACAAACAAAUAAAUUAAAUGAAAACUUAUGUAGUUUUCCAAUAUACUUUUAGUUACUCUGAUUAUGCCUUUGUUUGCAUGUUUUCUACUUUAAAGUAGAGUAUAAGGUUAAAAAAAACAACUCCAUUUACAGAAAUGUUUGCCGUUUUUUUAUGACGAUUUGACUUACAUUUUACUGUUCGUUUUGCACUAAGCAAUUCAGAUUUUUGCCAGAUGUGAUACUCGAAUAGAUCUCACUUUAACCCGUCAAGUGCAUUAGGCGCUGCACGAUGAGUUGGGCAGAUGUGCCACUGCUUUACUACCAACAGUUCAUGUUACUACAGUAGCAAACGCAAUAUGCUGCAUAUCUAUCUGACACACAAAGGGUUUACAAACAUGUUUGCAGUCUUUCUUUUUUUUUUUACCCGCUAACCUGAUUUUUGUCAACAAGUGAAAAAGGAAAUGCACUUCUGCUUGAUUCAAGUUGAAAUUCAAUUUAAACAUCGUUGGUAAUGCCAUUUAACUUUCAGAUAAAUCCGUCCCAUGGCUGGACACCUUUGGAAUGAGGUUUUACAAUAAAUCCAUGUUUUUUUUUCUCUGCAUUUCUUUUUCACUUGUGGUUGAGCAAUCUGCAAUAAGCAAUACCAAAAACGUGUCUGUCUACCAAACGUUAGACUUAUUUAAUCUCAGUUUGUGUGGACAUGUCCGUAUUGAAUAGUAGUUUGAAAAGCAUGGCUAGGUUGGUCUUUAUUUACCACAGUUCUUUGUUGGACAGUGGGAAAGCAAAGGAUUAUGGGAAUUACAGUCCAACCAAAACUGCCGGCCAAGGUUGGAUUCCCCUGACAUAGAUGUAUAUUUCUCUCAUUUGUAUUGUAUGUUCCUUCCUAUGGACAGCUCACAGUUUUUUCUUUCCUCUCCAUUCCGCUGUAUAAUCCAUUUGUGGUGGCUGGCACAUGAUAUGCCAUAAAGUCGGUUUAUGGUAAAUAUGAGACUGUGUGGUUCUAUCUAGUAAGGACCACGCCUAUGGUAUAAACUGUAAUAUAGACCUGGGAUUGGUUAUUUAAGGGCAAUCUAUGUCCCUGACUAAAUGCCGGCUUUCAUUAUUGUAAACGGCUGGCUAGCAGAGAUUAAUGAUAGUGGUCCAGAUGCACUUUACCAACCUCUUGGCUACUUUGAGAAUUUAAUUUUCUGAUUUCCCAUUGUAUGUGCUGAAUGCUGUACGUUGUUUUUCCUGAUUAGAAUCAUUAUUUUGCACUUACUCUAGUUUUGGCAAUCCUUGCACUCCCCAUGUUCCCAGCUGCCAUUUCUCCAAGCCCUUGUGUCCAAUUAAUUCAUUUCACAAGUUGUGAGUAAACAUAUAAUUAUACCUGGUAAAACAUUUCUGAGCAGGCAGGAUGAGGUUUAUAAAGUACACUCACUAAAUCAUAUAGUAUGAAAAUGAGAUUUUAAAGAUCUAAGAUCAGUAACAUGUCCAGGUUGUGUCUGGAUUAAGAUAAGCAAUAUAUUCACACGUUUCCUAGUGUGUAGCUCAGUAUUGUGUAUUUCAUGGAAAUACCUUAUUGUUGGUCCGCCUUGGAUGUCCUUCCGUAUUCCUUUAAUUGCUAUCUAUCUGUCACUUGUUCUAGAUCAGAGGGCACUCUCCAGCCUGCGGUGUGAUUACAACUUCCAUAACUCAAAGGUUUCCAGUCCAAAUCCUGGUACCUCUAGAACCCUGCACACUGUAAGGCUCUCUGUCAUUUUCAAAUAAAGGAGGGGCAUGUGAUUAGAACUACCAGUAAUGUAGGUUCCAGCGUCCUGGAGGUUUUGCAUGUCUAUUUGUAAGCGUAGUUCCUAUAGGGAAAUGUACUGAAAACUUUAUAGGAACUCUCCAGUAAAAAAAAAUCUAGAGUUGUUAUUUGUACAGAUAUAUUUUUACUGGAUAGUUUCUUAAAAUUUUUAGAUUACUGCAUACCUAUUUAUGCAUGAGCAUUAAGAUCCCGUUUAUUCCAGCACCGGAAAUUCUCCUUGCUGAAACUGGAACUACACUAAGGCAGCAAACCUGUCUGUCAAGCAGGCAGCCGGCAUGUUUUACUGAGUGGAUUCAUACAGGGCUGAUUUCUCUUAAAUCUGCACUAUUGUAAACUAAAGCAGAGGGGGACAUACAGUCAAUAACUAAAGGAAUUCAGCAAGCAUAUGUGCUUUAGGUGAGCAGAAUAUAACUUUAAAUCAGAGACGCAGUCACUCGGUGCCAACCUUCUUAUAGCGGUUUUAUAGGUACCUGCUGAGCUGCAGUAAUCAAUCAAUGUGAAUGGUAUGUUACCCUGUCUGCAUUGCUGGGAUGGUUUGUCAAGCAAAUAUGAGCAAAAAAGGCUCCUAUCUGCCCUUAGAGUACUGGAGCCUCACUUUUAAACAAUUUAUAAAUCUGGAUCCUGACAGCUUAUAUAUCAGAAUUUUAAUCUCUAAUCUUUCAAAUCCUAAGGCCGAAGCUUGGUAGCUGCGUAGAAAAGUCUAUGUAAACAGACAUAUAUAUUUAAUGCUUUUGCCUUACCUUUUUUGGCCUCUUUAUUGACUCAUAAGCUGCUGUGGCUGAUAUGUUUUGCCUUUUAAAGUAAACAUAACAUUGAAUAAUUAUAGAAAAUUAGCUCCUACAUCUAGACCUAGCAUCCUCAGACUGCAGCUUAAUGUUUGAUAUCACAACGAUCUUCUAGAACAGAAUCCCACAAGUAGCUAUUGCCCGCAUUGUCCCCAUCGGUAAGGGAUGUCUGGCUUACACGUUUAGUAAGACAAAUCCCUUGCCUGUCGAGUAUAAAUUCUGCUUAAUGAACUAGCCCCUGGUUUGGUUAACGGUGCACCUUUCAUGAACAAAUGAUACAGUAGAUGAUCAAAUGGCUUCUAUAUGUUUGUGUUUGCUAGCAAUUUGACUAGUGUAGAUUUCAUUUUACAUAUAUAGCCUUUGACCCUGCCGCUGUACCAUCGACACAGAGGUAAAGAAUAAAAACAUGGCCUCCACAGACGGCCACCCUGUGUUUUGUGGAAGGAAGAGAAAGUUAUGUUUAAGUAAAAGGUUUGUUGACUAAAUUGUGAAUUGUAAUGAACUGAAAUCCUGAUGACACAAUACAGCUAAGAAAAGUAUUCCAAAUCGUCUGUUAGCCUCAAUUAGAAUUUAGUUUUCAGUUCACCGAUAUUCACCAAUUUGUUAACAAACCUUUAAGCAUAAAAUGCAAUCAGUUGAUUUUCUGGCAGUUGUAACAACAUAAUCUAUAGAUUACAUCUUUACCUACCUGAAAGGGGCAUUAUCAUUCACGCAGAACCCUUUAAGAAUCCUAUGAUUUCCUAAAGGAUUUUGUGUCUAGCUGUAAUUUAUAAAUUAUAGUAGUUUAUUAAUAAAGAAUGGGUCUUUUAUUGUAAAACUCCCAAUGGACAGAUCCGCUCUGACAUUUUGUUUUUCACUGAACGCUGAUCGUACUUGACUUCAUAAAUAUUGAUAGUGAUUUAUUUAAACA